AUGGGCGUACCCAGCUUCUGGCUUAGCCCUAGGCCAGGAGCUGGUGGUGCUAUAACUCAAGCAGCGCUCCCCGCAGGGCUGGUGGGGCUGCAGAACAUGGGCAACACGUGCUACAUGAACGCGGCGCUGCAGGCGCUCAGCAACACCGCGCCGCUGACGUCAUACUUCCUGCAGUGCGCACCGCGUGGCGCCACCUGGCGAGCGCAAUUACUAAGGAAACCCUCGUUGCUUCUCUCUCACUCCCUCACCCUCCCCUCUAUCUCUCUCUCUCAAGUCCCCCCCACCAGUGGUGCUAUAACUCAAGCAGCGCUCCCCGCAGGGCUGGUGGGGCUUCAGAACAUGGGCAACACGUGCUACAUGAACGCGGCGCUGCAGGCGCUCAGCAACACCGCGCCGCUGACGUCAUACUUCCUGGAGUACGCCGCCGCGAACCAGUGCGCCAGUGGCGCCAACUGGCGAGCGCAAUUAAGGAAACCCUCGUUGCUUUUCUCUCUCUCUCAUUGUACUCAAAUCCCCACCACCAGUGGUGCUAUAACUCAAGCAGCGCUCCCCGCAGGGCUGGUGGGGCUUCAGAACAUGGGCAACACGUGCUACAUGAACGCAGCGCUGCAGGCGCUCAGCAACACCGCGCCGCUGACGUCAUACUUCCUGGAGUGCGCCGCCGCCGUCUCCGUGCUGGCCGCGGAUAAGAAACCGGGUCUAAGUCGAGCCUACCAGAAGUUAAUAAAAGAAAUGUGGAGUAGAAAAACCAGAGGCUACGUUGUACCAAACGGUAUACUAUAUGGUAUUAGAAAUGUCCACCCAAUGUUCCGCGGCUACCACCAGCACGACACACAGGAGUUCCUUCGCUGCUUCAUGGACCAGCUGCACGAGGAACUGAAAGAGCCUGUGUGGGAUGGCACGGCCGAGGACAAGCUAGGCUCGGACGCGGACGGCGACCACCAGGAAAAUAGGAAUAUCCACGUCAGGCGACGCGCUGCUUCUUCUGGAGCGAGUGACGCGCCUCUGUUCCCGCGAAUGAGGCGGAAGUCUCCAGCGCCAUCUUCUUACAGCGAGUCGAGAGCCGAUGGUUACUUGAGGGUGGCGGGGCAAGAGGCAACGCGGCACCGUCGUUCCGCUAGCUUUGCUGGUACGCAGCAUCUGGCCUACAGCGUGAUGACUGCGCUCAACGGGACAGUGGGUCCAGAUUCAACGCAGCGUGACAAUAUCGGCUCAGAAUCGGAGCUCUCUUGCUCAAGCGAAGCCGAGGAGCGCUACGAGACGUGCUCGAGUGGAGCCAGCGACGCGCCCGAUACAAGGCCCGAGCGAACGCACAAACCGCAGCCAGUCGCGUGUGGUAGCGGCGACGGCGGUUCCAGCGGCGUAAGAUACAGGAGCGUGAUAUCCGACGUGUUUGACGGGAAGCUGCUGUCUUCUGUGCAGUGCCUCAUCUGCGAUAGGGUAUCAACGCGCGUGGAGACCUUCCAAGACCUGUCCCUGCCUAUUCCAUCAAGAGAGCACCUGGCCGUCAUCCGCUGCCAGCAACCGCUGCUGGCCCACGCCACUCAUGGCUCGCAGGAGUCGUGGGUGUGGUGGCUGCUGAGCUGGCUGCGGUCGUGGUUCUACGGGCCGGUGGUGUCGCUGCAGGACUGCCUCGCCGCCUUCUUUAGCGCGGAUGAGCUCAAAGGAGACAAUAUGUACAGUUGUUCCCGCUGCAACAAGCUGCGCAACGGCGUCAAGAUGUCUGGCGUGGUGCGCCUGCCAGAAGUUCUGUGUGUGCACCUGAAACGAUUCCGCCACGAACUCAUGUUCAGUGCUAAGGUGGCCGCGCGCGUGUCUUUCCCGCUACGGGGACUGGACAUGGCGCCCUACACGCACAAGGAUUGCACGUCAAAAAUAACCCGCUACGAGCUAUGCGCGGUGAUCUGCCACGCGGGCACCGCGGGCGGUGGACACUAUACGUGCGUCGCACGCAACGGGCGAGGCUGGUACACAUUUGACGACCAGAGCGUGGUGCCGCUGCCACCUGCACAGCUAGCAAGCGCUGAAGCCUACGUGCUGUUUUAUAGAACCUUCGACGACCAGAGCGUGGUGCCGCUGCCACCUGCACAGCUAGCGAGCGCUGAGGCCUACGUGCUGUUUUAUAGGAAAGUGAACCCACAAAUGACAGUGUUGCGGCAAAAAGCAGCAGAGAUCCUGGAGUCCACAAAUGUUGAACCCAACGACAUCAAAUUCUACAUUUCUAAGCAGUGGAUCAACAAAUUCAACACAUGGGCGGAACCAGGCCCCAUAGACAACGGCGAUUUCGUCUGCUGGCACGGCGGCGUGCGGCCCGACCGAGCGCAGCAUUUACACCAUCUAGCGGCUGUCGUGCCGCAACCGCUGUGGGAGUUCCUCUACGCACACUUUGGCGGCGGGCCGGCAUUGUCUCACGCACACGAGUGCGGCGUAUGCGCACGGGCCGCGCAGCGUCUUCGCGCGAGGCGGGCGCGCGAACUAGCGGCUUUCUGCGACCUGCACGCUAUAUUCCAGGAGCAAGAGCGUCCUCGCGCGAUAUACGCGAUCAGCAUGCACUGGUUCCGGCAAUGGCAGGCCUUUGUCAGGAACAAGACGCAGCAACCGCCGCCGCCGGUCGAUAACACGGGGAUAGUUACCAAACAGGAGAACGACGGCAACACAACGUACCUCCUAAAACAGGGCUCCGACCACGCGCAACUCAGCGAAGAGCUUUGGAGGUUCUUCACCGACAUCUACGGCGGCGGGCCCGAGGUGCGUCUCAAGUGCCCCACCCCCGCCGUGCCAGCCGCCACCCUCGACGCCCACAAACCCUUCGACCGCCGGCUGUCGCGGAAAUACUCCGAAUCCGACAAGGAAGAAUAUUGCACCAAAUCCACCUCGGAAAUGAACAUCCGAGACACGAUACACACCGAACUGCAGAAAAAUCAAUCUCUUCAAAACAUCAACCGAAGAUACAAGGCCAAAGCGACGGCCGAUUCCGACGAAGAUAUCAACUACAGACAUUUUCAAUACAAACGCCAUGAACCGAACGGUAAUUAUCAAGAUUCUGACGAAGAAAUGGACGUCAGCCCUCCGCAAAGCUACGUUAACGUAGUCAGAAUGGAAAACGGCGUCGACAGUUCGGAUCACGACGCAAACGACAACCCGGUGAAAGUUACGGACAAAGUUACCGACGCCGAUCUACCUAAUUUGGACAGCAUAUCGCUGAAAGCGAAACCUAAACGCGGCAAAGUGAGAAGAAUGAAAAGUCGGACAGUGAAAUGAUUCUUUCUUGCCUUCCAGUUUGUGCACAGGCUGAGGCAGAAAGUCGCUUCUCACCACGUCUAAAGUGCCGCUGUGAAAGCCGAGGAUACACUAGCGGACAAAACGACCGAAAAAUGUCCCGAUGUGUUGCCGUGCAAUAUUACACGCGUUUACGCGAUGAAACAUUUUCAAACACCGCGGGACAUUGUUUGACACUCGGAUUCUCUUGUCCAUAGUGUAUCCAAAGCUUUAGUCAAGUCGAUAGUGUUGUGAUGUGUGCGUCGAUAUUCAAUGAGUUUGCCAAAGCCAUUAUAAAUAUAUCGAUAAGAAAUGCGAUUAAAUUUUCGAUACUGCUAUCGGUCUAUCGCUCUUUUUUUGUUUCUCAACGAUAUCGAAAC